CUUAAGCAUAAUAGGCCGUGUAAGCCAGCACACUAAAAGAGCAGCAGUCGGCGCCAAUCGGUCGCAUACGCUGUGGCAGUGAGUGAUAGCGUCUGUCUCCUCCAAAAACACAAAUCAAAACAUAAGAUGAAAGUUGGACUUUCGCUGAUUAUUUUCUUGAGCUCUGCAUUUUGCGUUGCGCGAUGCAGUACAUUCUCAGCUCCAUAUUUCGAGGACGGAGAAAAUCUGAGCUACAAAGACUGCGGAGUUUGGGACCGAAGUAGCGCAAACCGCAGUUCGUGGGUCGCAGUUUUAGUGCAAAAUCAAAAACAAUGUUUUGGAAUAGUAAUUUCUCCAAGGGCAAUCCUCACGCUCGAGUGUGAGAUCAACAUGGAAGAGAAGGAAAACAUUCAAGCUUUCGUUGGCGACUGCGGGACUGUUUAUUCACGCAAUGAAAGUGAAUGCAUCAACCAAACCAUCGAGGUGCAAGAUGUGAUUGAAUUGAACCAAAAUCCGCGAGCUGCAGAAAGAGUAUUGCUGCAUUUAAUCAUAACUAAAAAAAUGUCCAAAAUAAGCCCAAUUUGUUUGUUCAACCGGGCAAAAGACUCGGACGUGGUGGAACAAACGAACAAAAAUUACUUUGCAUUGCAAAGAUGGCAAAACCCCCAAGAGAAGCAAUCUCGGGACAACCUUGCACCACGACAAAUCGUGCCUCUUGAAAAUUGCUUCAGCAACAGUUCCAAUUUGACGGAGCUGUACCAGAAGUUAGAGCUUGCCCCUCAAAGUCUUCUUUGUGUGCGUGCUUCAGAUAAUUUUAAUGACAUUUCUCUGGUGAAUUCGUAUAAGCAACGCUAUUUCCUCCGAGGAUUGAGAGUGAUCCACGGCCUGUUGAAAGAACCUUCGAACCAUAGGAUAAUAAUCGAUAUUUUGCCCUACAUCGAUAUGAUCGCAAAAUACACAAAAGACAUUCCCGUCCUACCUCGGAUCCCACCUGCGCAUCACAAAAAAGGACUCAACACGAAAAGCCUGAGUUUUCCAAAAUGUGGACUAGCACCAGAUGAAAUAGAGAAUAAUGGAGGCAAAUUAAAAAGUGAAUUCGGAGAGACGCAGCGGUUGUACGGCGGCUACGAUUCUCGACCUGACGCUCACCCUUGGCAUGCUCAGGUUGAAAAUACUCAAACAAUUUCAAUCUGCGGAGGAACCCUCAUCUCGACUAAAGCAGUUUUGACGGCUGCCCACUGCAUUUUUGGUCUGAAUGCUAGUGACUUUGAUGUUACAAUUGGAGUGUAUGACAGAAAAUCUGCAUAUUCUCCCAAAAUACAACUCAAUACGCCUAGCAGGCUGAUCUCGCAUCCUAACUACACAUCGGGGCAAUUUCAUUACGAUGUUGGUCUGAUGAUUUUCGACGAGGAACAUUUUAAAGUAACCGAACACGUCCGUCCGAUUUGCCUGUGGAAUGAAGACGCCAGUCUCGAACGCGUUUCUGAAAACCAAGCUGUGGUGAUAGGAUUCGGAAUCACGGACAGCAACAAAACCCUUCCUGAAACUCUUCAAGAGGCUAAAUUGCAAAUCAGGUCCCAUAAAGAGUGCUACCUGAGCAACCGGAGGUUCUUUCAGAAAUAUUUGAAGCCAGGAGACAACUUUUGCGCUGGAUACACUAACGGAACAACUGCGUGCCAUGGAGACAGCGGAGGCAGUCUUUCGCUCGAGAAGAACGGCCGGUGGUUUAUUCGCGGCAUCGUCAGCUUUGGCAUGUCGAAAAAGUCUGCAAACGCGAGCGGCGGAGCGCAGGAGACAGUUUGCAACCCAAACAGCUAUUCGCUCUUCACCGACGUGGCUAAUUACAUGGACUGGAUUCUUGAAAAUGCGCCCGAAGUUUACAAGUAUUACGAAAAGGAAGAUAUUUCACAAAGAGCCAACAUGUUCCACAAAUUUAGUUGGUCCAUGCUACUUUUAGCCAUGGCAUGUAUUUAUUUCGUUUACAUCUUAUGCAAAUUUUACUGUAAGAAGGUUGAUUAUUCGAUUUAAAAAAUUGCACUGUUUUAGAAACGCUAGAGACUGGCUAUUUAACAAUAUUUUGACGCCAUUAGUGUGCUUUUCAAGGAGUAAAUUUAAAAAAACUGUGCCCUAAAACUCCUGCUGUGAUUUAAGAAAAUGUUUACAGAAAAU